GCAGGCCGAGGCGGCGCCUGAGGGCGGCGUGGGCAGCCUUCCUCUCUCGCCCAUCUCCCGCCGCGCUGCCUAGGCCGGGUGUUUCCGCGUCCGGGUCGCCUCAGCUGCUCUGCAAGGGGAGGCGGCCCUUGAGCAGCGGCGGGAGAAGCAGGCCUGGCGCCGAGGACGACGCGGCUAUGGCCUUGGGCUGGUGGCACCGCUGCUGCUGUCGCUGCGCCGGCUCUUCCCGGGCGGCGUGGCUCGCCGGUUCCGGGCGGGCCUUGGGCUCCUCCGCUAACGGCGGCGGAAAGCAGCGGCUGGCUGUGGGACCGGCGGCGCCCGCGUGGAAGGCGGAGGCGGCGGCAAGUCGGCGGCGCGCCGGGGCGAAUGGAGGUCACGUCGGAAUGAAUAGACCUGAUUUUCUUGGGAGAAGUUCGGCUUUAUCCAUGUUAAAAAUUCAUAGUAUAUUUUGGCGGUUUCACCACACAACGCUGCAAUUGCACAGCUGUGGUACAGCGGUUAGUGAUGAAAAAUAUAAGGAUCCUUUUAAACUGGGAAGGAAAGACUUGAAUAAUCUCUAUGAAGAUAUUAAAAAGGAAUUAUGGGUAUCUACUACAGAACUGAAGGAAAUGUGUGAAUAUUACUUUGAUGGCAAAGGGAAGGCUUUUCGACCAAUGAUUGUGGUGCUAAUGGCUAGAGCGUGCAAUUUUCAUCAUAAUAACACUGGGGAAGUACAGGCAAGCCAGCGUUCUAUAGCAGUAAUUGCAGAAAUGAUCCAUACAGCCACUCUCCUUCAUGAUGAUGUUAUUGAUGAUGCAAAUUCACGGAGAGGAAAAGAAACAGUCAAUCAAAUUUGGGGGGAAAGGAAGGCAGUCCUAGCUGGGGAUUUCAUCCUUUCUGCAGCCUCUUUAGCAUUAGCACGUAUUGGAAGCGCAACCAUUGUUUCUGUGAUAACAUGUGUGAUUGAGGAUCUGGUGCAUGGCGAAUUUCUUCAGUUGGGUUCCAAAGAAAAAGAAAAUGAGAGAUUUGCUCACUACCUCGAAAAGACCUUUAAGAAGACUGCGAGUCUUAUAGCAAACAGCUGUAAAGCAGUUUCCAUUCUAGGCUGCCCUGAUCCAGAUGUGCAUGAGAUUGCAUACCAAUAUGGAAGAAACAUCGGGAUAGCAUUUCAGUUGAUAGAUGAUGUGCUGGAUUUUACAUCCUGUUCUGAUCAGCUGGGAAAGCCAACAUCAGCAGACCUUAAGCUUGGUAUAGCCACUGGUCCUGUCUUAUUUGCUUGUCAGCAGUUUCCAGAAAUUAAUGCCAUGAUAAUGAGGCGAUUCAGUUUGCCAGGAGACAUUGAACGUGCCCGGGAGUAUGUAUUACAGAGUCAUGGCGUGCAGCAAACAACCUACCUCGCCCAGCGCUACUGCCAUAAAGCAAUGAGAGAAAUCAGCAAGCUCAGACCAUCCCCCGAAAGAGAUGCCCUCAUUCAUCUAGCAGAAAUAGUCAUCGCCCGAGACAAAUGACACAGCUGCCAGAAUGAGUUGCAAUGAAGGAGAUAUUUACCAGACUGUGCCUAAAGCUACAUGGUGGAACAUCUUGGCUUGCUUCCAGUGCAGUUACCAAAAUUUAAGUUAUCCUCACUGAAAUAAAUAUAACUAGGUUUAUGAAGUAAAAAUGUUUUAUUGAAGGAAGCCAUACAAAAAUGAUGAAACAAGAUCAGUCUGUUAAACUGGUAGCAAUGCCUUGUGCCUGUAUUUUUAAUUGGGGGUGGGGUUCCUUGUUUUUGUCAUGGGCACUGUUUACAUUGUUCAAUAUUGACACCCAAGGCCACAAUAAUAAAUACAAUCAAUGUGUUGAAAAUCA